AUGGCAGACGCCGACUCCGUACCGGCUACGCCGGACGAGUACUAUGACAGCAACCCCGCGUCCCCCGGCUCCGAAGCCGAUGAAUCCUCCGAAGCCAGCACCCCGCUCGACCCACCGAGUUCGUCGUCCGACGCCGACCCUUCUAUAUCCAAAGAUAUCCCAAGGAGGGUGCCCUCGUUACGGACAGUGUCAGAUCCACAGACCAAUACGAGUCUGAUGAGUUCGAGCUCCAGUGUCACCGGCACGCUGAACAAUGCCAGACGGCCCACUCCUUCGGCAAACAAUCUGCCAACCGAUCUCCUACAGAAAGCACGUGCGCUUCAAGCGGAGAGGAUGGGCAUGCCUCGUCCAGGUCUCUCAGGACCGUCGUCAGGCAACCUCAGGCUUCCCGGCGGCAUGGCUAGACCAAUGCCAGGUACUGGAUUUCCAAAGUCUGCACCGGCGGUACCCGGCAUAAAGAAGCCAGGUCUGAGUGAGAGAAGGCAGAUGAAGCUCGGAGGAUUUCCUGGUGGAGGGUCUCCUACAGGUGGCACACCAAAGCUAUCUGAUAUGCAAGGUGGCGCAGCUCCACAGCAGCCAACACUGAACGGAGCUGCACGAAGCUCAAAAUGGAAUGAUUUCAAGAAUUACAUCGAUGCAGAGAAGGGCUGGAUUACGUUCGAGGGCGCAGCAACAAUCACCCGGACAGGUGUCAACUUCGCAAGCGGCCAGACGUUCUCAAUCUCUCUAGACGAGAUCCAAGUACUCGAUGAACUUGGUAAAGGCAAUUACGGAACCGUCUUCAAGGUUCGACAUGCCAAGCCCAAAGCACCGCGCUUCGGCCCGGGUCUCAGUGGCUUCAAACCAGCGUCUCGUCAAAAUUCGCUCUCUGAGACCGAGGUUGCCACGCUUGAGAGCGUUGCGGAGGGCUCUACCUCUGGCAAGGUGAUGGCAAUGAAGGAAAUAAGACUUGAACUCGAUGAGUCCAAGUUCACAACCAUUCUCAAAGAGCUCGUGAUUUUACAUGAGUGUGUAUCACCGUACAUCAUCGACUUCUAUGGCGCAUUCUUCCAGGAAGGUGCGGUAUACAUGUGCAUUGAGUACAUGGACGGCGGGUCGAUUGACAAACUCUAUGCUGGUGGCAUCCCAGAAAGUGUACUGCGCAAGAUUACAUACUCUACCAUAAUGGGUCUGAAGUCUUUGAAAGAUGAGCACAACAUCAUCCAUCGGGAUGUUAAGCCCACCAAUAUCCUGGUGAAUACAGACGGCCAGGUCAAGAUCUGCGAUUUCGGUGUCAGUGGCAACCUUGUGGCUUCUAUCGCGAAGACGAAUAUUGGCUGCCAGAGUUACAUGGCUCCAGAGCGAAUUUCUGGCGGCAACAUGACUGCCGGUGCAGACGGAACCUACAGUGUGCAGAGCGACAUCUGGAGCUUGGGUCUCACGAUAAUAGAGUGCGCCAUGGGCAAGUAUCCAUAUCCGGCAGAGGUCUCCUCGACGAUCUUUAGCCAGUUGAGCGCCAUCGUAGAAGGUGAUCCUCCAGAUCUACCUCCGGAAGGAUACUCAGCAUCGGCACGAGAUUUUGUCAAAUCGUGUUUGAACAAAAACCCAAAGAAGCGACUCACAUAUCCUCAACUUCUUCAGCAUCCCUGGAUUAAGGGGCUUACGAAACCAGAGACUAUCGCUGAGGAGUCGGAAGCCGAAGAAGAUGCCGCAGCGGACAGUCUGGCAGAUGCCGCAGCCAAGCAGCUUAACCUCAACGCCGAGGGGGCUGACCCCGAGGUGGCCGCCUGGGUGACCGGCGCAUUAGAACGGAAGAAGAGAGGCCUCGUGCCAAAAGUUGACGGCGGCCGACCAGCGCUGCAUGCUGCGCCGCUGGACACUGUGAGUCCGGCCGCAAGCCCCAUGGUAGACGGAUAG